AUGGAGCCAUGGGUGGUGCUGGAUUCCCAGGGAUUGUACCAGGAUGUGAUGCAGGAAAGCUACGAGACCCUCAUGGCACUUGCCAAGGGGCUGGUGAGUGAAAAAGCAGCAGGAAGAGGAAAACUGGAAGAAGAGCUGGAAUCUCCAUCAUCCCACAACCUGGAAAAGGAGAAAACCUUCGGCUCCAACCGCCGGAAAACCAAGCGCCCGGAUAAAACCCUUCCAGAAAGCACCACCAAACCAUCCCAAAUCCUAGAUAUCCCCAAAUUGGAUCCUUCCCAACCUUUCCAUGGAUCAUCCCCUAAAGGAUCUUCAAGGGCUCGACCCUUUGGCUGCUCUGAUUGUGGGAAAACGUUCCCGUGGGCUUCCCAUUUGGAAAGACACGGGCGGGUUCACACCGGGGAACGUCCCUUCGGUUGCCCGGAAGGUGGCGAAACCUACAGCCAGAAUUCCCACCUUCUCCAGCACCAAAGGACUCACUCCAGCGACCGACCCCACAAAUGUGGCCACUGUGGCAAACGUUUCGCUGGCCAAGCCCAGUUGGUGGCCCAUCACCGUGGCCACCUGGCGGAGAAACCCCACCAGUGCCAGGAUUGUGGGAAGAGCUUCGUCUGGGCUUCCCACCUGGAACGUCACCGCCGCGUCCACACCGGGGAGAAACCCUACGAGUGCCCUCAAUGUGGUGGCACCUUCAGCCAAGGUUCCCACCUCACCAAACACCUCCGGAGCCACUCGGGGGAGGGUCCCCACCCUUGCCCAUCCUGUGGAAGAACCUUCGGUCAAAGCUCCGACCUGACCCGUCACCGUCGCCUUCAUUUCGGGAUCAAAUCUUCACGUUGUGGGGAUUGUGGGAAACCCUUCCGGGCCGGGUCGGUUUUGACCCGUCACCAACGCUGUCACCGACGUCGCCAACGUCCUCAUCGUUGCCUGGAUUGUGGGAAAGGUUUUGUCUGGGCUUCCCACUUGGAACGUCACCGGCGGGUCCACACGGGGGAACGUCCCUUCCCCUGCGGCGACUGCGGGGAACGUUUCUCCCAAAAAGCUCAUCUCCUCCAGCACCACAAGACACACUCCACCCACCAGCCCAAAUGUUUCGGGGAGGUCCCCCCCUUCCCGGCCCCCCGACGGGGUCACAUCGCCCCGAAAAGCUUCUCCUGUGAGGAUUGUGGGAAGGGAUUCGCUUGGGCGUCCCACUUGGAGCGUCAUCGUCGCGUCCACACCGGGGAGAAACCCUACGAGUGUCCUGAGUGUGGGGAGGCCUUCAGCCAGAGCUCCCACCUCACCAAACAUCGCCGGAGUCACCUCCCCAAAAGGCUGGGACCUCCAAGUUCUGCUCCUCUCCGGGAGGUGGGGGACGGGGGAGAAGCUCCAGGGCAGCAGGGGGAUGGUGGGACCACCCGGGGCUUGUAG